UUGUCCAUUUCAGGGAAGCCUUAGGGCUGUACACUGCAUCCCCGCCCCACGCUGAUAUUAACUUCCACUGAGAUCAUCUGGACACGCACACAGGGUUAAAGUCCCUCCUGCAGUCUCUCCUCUGUCCACCAACAGACCAGUUUACGAGAGACUCUGUGACUGCAGACCAGGACCCAGAUCCCUGAACCAGUGUUCAGCCAUGGUUCGACGUGUGGCGGUGGUGGGAGCAGGCAGUUCUGGUUUGGCAUGUAUCAAGAUCUGUCUGGAUGAAGGCUUGGAGCCUGUGUGCUUUGAAAGCAGUGAUGACAUCGGUGGACUCUGGAAAUUUAAGGAGUCACUGGAACCGGAGCGCACCAGCAUCUAUCGUUCUCUGGUAGCCAACACCUCUAAGGAAAUGAUGUGUUUCAGUGAUUUCCCCAUGCCUGCUCAUUUUCCCAACUUCUUGCACAACUCCAUGCUCCAGCAGUACUUCAGGCUCUACGCUGAACACUUUGACUUGCUCAGAUACAUCCAUUUCCAGACAACAGUGAAGAGUGUCGCACAGAGGCCCGACUUUCCUCAGACUGGUCAGUGGGAUGUAGUGACCAUAAACAAAGAUGGAGAAGAAAAAGAGCACAUCUUCGAUGCAGUUAUGGUGUGUUCAGGACACUACACCCACCCAUUCUUACCAGUAUCAGAUUUUCCAGGUCAUGAGACAUUUUCUGGCCGGUGCUUCCACAGUUGGGAGUAUAAAGAUCCAGAUUCCUGCAAAGGAAAGAGGGUGUUGGUGGUCGGCAUUGGCAAUUCUGGGGGAGAUAUAGCUGUGGAGAUUAGCAGAUUUGCAGACAAGACAUUUUUCAGCACACGCCAAGGGACCUGGGUGAUAGGCAGGAUGUCCAGCAGUGGUCUUCCUCUAGACAUGAUCGCUAUCACUAGGCUGAACAGCAUCCUCAUGUUCCUUCUUCCGAAAACUUUGGUCAACUGGACAGCAGAGAGAGCCCUGAACCACAGAUAUGACCACACACUCUACGCCCUGAAGCCCAAGCACAGACUUAUGGACAAACGGCCGUUGAUUAAUGAUGAUCUUCCUGGCCGAAUCCUAAUAGGGAAACUAGUGAUGAAACCCAGUCUCAGAGAAUUUAAAGGAUCUGCAGUUGUAUUUGAAGACGGUACUGUGGAGGAGAACAUUGCCGCUGUGAUCUUCUGUACAGGAUACAUUGCAAACUUUCCAUUCCUGCCUCCGGUUCUGUGUGGGGGGCCUCGCGGAGAGUUCACCUUGUACAAGAGAGUAUUUCCUCCAUCCUUACAACAACCUACACUGGCUGUUCUGGGUCUUUUCCAGACAAAAGGGCCAAUCAUGCCCAUAGUGGAAAUGCAGGCUCGCUGGGCUGUGAGGGUCUUUAAAGGUCUGAGCCGUCUACCAAAGAAGGAAAAAAUGCUGUCGAUUAUUGAAGCUGAGAGGAAGAGAAACAUGAAAAGCUAUCCCUGUCCACGACAGGCUGCUCUCCAGGUUGAUUACAUCCCUUAUCUGGAUUUCAUGGCUAAGGAGGUAGGGGUUCGACCAAACUUAAUGAGGUUGUUACUGAGAGACCCUGGGCUCUGGGUGAAGGUCUUCCUCGGCCCCUGCACUCCGUACCAGUAUCGUCUUAGUGGUCCAGGACAGUGGGCUGGAGCCCGUCAGGCUAUUCUCUCUCAGUGGGAACGGGUGACUCAGCCUUUCAGGACCAGAGCGGUACCAGAGCCACAGACUGGGAGGUUCACCCUUUAUUCUGUGUGGCUGAUUGCAUUGGCAGGAAGCGUGAUGACAGCUGUACUUCUGUCUAAAAGUGAAAUGAUGCCAGUGAUGCAGAGUGCCGCUUUGCUUUUGGACAGGUGCAGGAUUUUCCUACGUGACGUGGGGUUCACCAGUGAAGGGCUCUGACCUGGGGAAUUUUGGGUCCAACCACCAUUCAGGGCUUUACAUACUUACUGCUGUAACUUUAUUUUAAAUGAAAGACACUGUAUUUUCUUUCAUAAUGCAUGACCAAAUGAAGCUGAACUUCUAUUUUUAUCUUAAAGCAACUUGUGCUGUUCAUAAGGAACCACUUUUCUUUUGUUUACUGUUCAGUAAGAACUGCAUUUAUCUGUUUUAAUGGGGUAUAAUAUAUGUAUUAGCUUUUAAAAUUAUUGCUUGGACAUGCUUUAUAGCAUGCGCAAAAGUCCUAUACUAAGGUUUUAUGAAGCAGGAAGACAUUUUAGUAUUUUGUGCAAAGAAAAUAAAAAACAG